UGUGGUCUUAGCUCUGGAUUAAACACCUCUAAAAGGCUCUUUAGCCUAAGCAUGGGCUGAGUUUGUCAUCGGGCUGCUUUCCCACCGCGGCAGACGCGUCACUGAAGGGCCUGGCCCGCGUGUGUUUGUUUCCCUCGCUCCUUCUGUGAUGAAAUAAUGGAGCGUGCCUAGAACAGAGGCGUGUGGAGAAAUACGGCAGAAAUCUUGCUAAUUAGGUUUCUGUUUGUUUGUUUGUUUGUUUUGAGGAUAUGCUCUUCUUGAAGAGACAUCCUUUCAAAGGAACCUCUUCUGCUGUUUUUGGAAGAAAAGGGGGUGUGUCUGUGACCCAGGACGAAAUUCUGACAGUUCUUUUUUUUCAUUUGCACGCUUCCGCUUCUGUUGUAUCAUGGCACGUAUAUAUCGUGAUAGCAUCAUAUACAGCAUGUGUAACAUGGACAUAUGAUCCACAAUACAUAUCAUAGAAUGUAUUUUAUCAUAAGAUAAAAUACACAAAUUCUCACUUAUUUUACCUAAGUUAAGUGAUGGAACCACACACUAAGGGAAAAAAAUCAUCCUUGGGUCUUUGGUGUUCAUGUUUGUGUGAAAGAAUCUAGGAUGUUCCAAGAAAAUGCAUCAGCCAAUUGCUUGAAUAUAGUAACAACAUCUACUGAAGAUGGUACUUUCCAAAAAAAAGGCCAUGGUGCUCGAGUCCUUAGCCCAGAAGAAGCAGAAAAACUGACAAAAGAUCAGGUUUUGGUGUCUGAGUUCAAACAACUAAAACUGGAGAAAGAGGCACAGAAGAACUGGGAUCUGUUUUACAAAAGAAACAGCACCAACUUCUUCAAAGACAGACAUUGGACAACCAGAGAGUUUCAAGAGUUAAAGGCAUGUCGUAAGUUUGCAGAUGAAAAACUGACCAUUCUGGAAGCAGGCUGUGGGGUUGGGAACUGCUUGUUUCCACUCUUAGAAGAAGAUCUGAAUAUUUUUGCAUAUGCCUGUGAUUUCUCUCCUAGAGCUGUUGAGUAUGUGAAGAAAAACGCCUUAUAUAAUACUGAAAGAUGUAAAGUGUUCCAGUGUGAUCUUACCAAAGAUGAUCUUCUAGACAAUAUACCAGCAAAUUCUGUGGAUGUUGUCACACUUAUAUUUGUGCUUUCUGCCAUUCAUCCUGACAAAAUGCAUCUUGUCCUGAGGAACAUUUACAAGGUAUUAAAACCAGGCAAGUGUGUCCUGUUCCGAGACUAUGGCCUGUAUGAUCAUGCAAUGCUCAGAUUUAAAUCUGGCAGCAAACUUGGGGAAAACUUUUAUGUCAGACAAGAUGGGACAAGAUCAUAUUUUUUUACUGAAGAGUUCUUAUCUCAGCUUUUCAAGGCUGAGGGAUAUGAGCAAGUGGUCAAUGAGUAUGUGCAGCGAGAAACUGUGAAUAGGAAAGAAGACUUGCGUGUUCCAAGAGUUUUUCUUCAAAGCAAAUUUCAAAAGCCUUUCAGUGAGACAUAAGUUCUUGCUGAUUAGCCCCAGCAUUGCUUGUUUGAAAUGGAAACUAGCACAUAAGCUGUGUGCUCCUCUUUCUGGUGAGCCAAAAAUGACGGCAUCCAGUACCUCUUGUUGGUUUCCAUCCUAGGAUGCAAAAUAUUAAUGCUGUUUCUAAUGGAAUUUUAAGAUAGUUUAGUAAUGCAGGCAACCUGUUGAGCAUCUGUAUUCCUGCUUCUAAAAUAAAACCUGUGCAAUGUUGUUGGAGGCUCAGGUAAACCAUAUAAAUAAACUUCCAUUUGUUUUAAAAACUA